AACUACGUCAUGUGAACAGGAACUUGGAUACUGGAAGCGGUCGAUUCAACUCGUCGCAGGCAACAACAACAACAACAAAAUGCUUCUAUCAACUUGUAAUUCCUGUUUUAGCUAUUAUAAAUAAUAAUAAUGUAAUCUCUUGCUUAUUCUGCUUUAAAGCCGCACGUUUAACUGUUCGGACUGAGUUUGCCUGAACGCUGAUAAACUCUUGCUAACAUGCUAGCUGGCUGCAUCAAAGUGUUAGUAGCAUGAGAGGUGUUUAGUUUUUAUCAGCGUGUUUAGUUUAUAUCUCUUUUUUGUGUGUGCUAACUGUGAGUCUUGAGAAUAAAAUAGUCUACAGAACAAAUAGUUGAUAAGUAAAAUCACGUCAGCUGGAUGUCGUCGUUAUGGGAGACAAGGAUCUGAGUCUUAUAGACAAGAAUAUAACCAGUUUGCUGGAAGUCCCCAUUAGUCCCACUGUAACAUCCCUUAAUCUGCACUGCAAUCACAUCUCAAGGAUCGAGGGUCUGACGUCAGCUUGGCACCUGCGGCACUUAGACCUCUCCUCCAAUUGCAUUUCUAAGAUUGAGGGUCUAGGUUCCCUCACUUCCCUGAGGACUCUAAAUUUAUCAUGUAACUUAAUCGACAAGGUUGAAGGACUGAACGGCCUUGUGAACCUAACAAGUUUAAACUUGUCCUAUAACCAGAUAAACAACCUCACAGGCUUGUUAUAUCUUCAUGCCACGGACUUUAAGUUAAAGCACCUCAGUCUCCAUGGCAACAAUGUGGACAGCAUCGACCACCUCCUGCAGUGUCUUCUGGGAUUGCAAAAUUUAAGAGAGGUCUCUUUGAGAGAGUAUGGCAAAGACAACCCUGUGUGUAGGUCAUCAGGUUACAGGGAGAUUGUUAUGCAGUCGUUGCCACAGAUCUCUGCUCUGGAUGGCCUGGACCGGCUGGGAAAUCCUUCCCAUCAAGGUUUAGGGAGUCCCUGUGAUAUCCCAGGACUGGAGGACUAUGUGGACCUCCUACUGUCCUCAGAUACCAGUAACAACGAAGCAGGUAGAGGGGAUGUUGCUCUCACCACACCCCGCAUUGAUAAGGUGCUGACCCAGUUUCGACAGAGGAUUGCCUCUGAAGCUAUCACAGAUCCAGUCACACAACCGGAUCGUCAGAGCUCCCAACCGUUUCGUUCCACUGAGGCUGAUCCAGCAGACCCUGUUAAUGAACAACGCAUCAGGAAACUGGAGCACCAGGUGUCCCAGCUCAUCCAGCAGGCUCCUGCAGAUGACAAAUCCAGUGUUCCUGCUCAUCCCGUGGUGACGGUACGGAAGGCGAAGAGGGACACAGAUCGUACAUCAGAGAGUGAGUGCGACAGUGGGAAGGAAAACAGGAGACGCACCAGGAUCCCAAAACAUCAUAGCAACGUUAAAUCAAAGACGAACUCCAAGGAGACGAAGAGCUGCAGAUCAGACAGCGAUCAGGAAAAUCAUAAACAGAGGAGUUUAAAGUCUGCUAAGGGGACCACAAAGAAGGUUGGCAGUGCAGGGGGUCCAACAAGGAGGGUACCUUUGAAAGCUCCCAAGACCUCCAGCGACAUGAGAACAAAAUCCACCGAGGACGAGGAAACCUACAGGACUAUUGUGGAGGAGCGAGACCAGGAGAGGGAGAGGCGUUGGAAGGCUGAGCAGGCUGUGAGGAAACUAACAGAAGAUCUCAAAUGCCUGCAGACAAAGGUCAGCGAGGAGAAGGACCUUCAGAGCAUGGCCCUGCACACCACUGACAGACUGAAAGAAAUGUUGCUAAAGGAGCGAUCGGGGCGAUCUGAGCUGCAGACUCGUGUUGAGGAGCUGGAGGGAAAGUGUCAGUCUCUAACCCAGCAGCUGGAGAAGGCCCGCAGCAGUGAAGAACAACACAAGACUUCACUGUGCAGACUGGAGGAAAGCAACUCCCAUGGAGAAGCACUCAGGGCUCGCAGGCAGGCUGAGGAGGUGAAGCGACAGCAGGAGCUGGAGAACAAGGCAGCCGCUCUGAAGAGAGAGUUGGACAUCCAGAGAGCCUCAGUGUGUCAACAUAAAGACAAACUACAGCAGCUGCAUGAACUGCUGGCAUGCAGAGAACAAGAGCACAGAAAACAGCUGGAGUUGCGGUUGCAGCCUGGUGGGGCAGAUUUCCAUGAGGCAGUGUCCAAAGAAGUUGCAUUAGUUGAACAGAGACUGGCUCACAGGGAGGCAGAGCUGCAGGAGAAACUGGCGGAAGGAAGGAAACAUUACGCUGCUCUGGAGGAUGAGUUCCGCAUGGCGCUAACCAUCGAGGCCGCUCGCUUCUCUGAGGUGAAGGAGUCCUGUGAUCAGAUGACUGCAGAGCUUGUCGGGGUCAAGGCGACACUAGCCAAGUCCCAGGAGAGGGAAAAGAAAUCAGGCUCUCUGGUGCAGGAGCUUACAGCCAUGGUCAAAGAACAGAAGAAUCGCAUCUCUGAGCUCAUCAAAGCCAAGAGAGACGCUGUGACUGAUCUGAAGAGCCGCAUGCAUUCUUUGGAAGCAGAGGUUGAGCAGGACCGGCGUCUCAGCCUGCAGCUGGAGUUGCUGAAGAAAGACAAGUCUCGACUGUUGUCUCAACUCACAGCUCAGGAGUCGGUGAUCGAUGGCCUGAGAGCAGAGAGGAGGAUCUGGGGUCAGGAGCUCGCUCAGCAAGGAGCGUCCUUGGCUCAGGAUCGUGGACGCCUGGAGGCCAGGAUCGAGGUUUUGAGCACUGAGUUGGACACUCAGAAGAAACACAGCGAGAGAGAUAUUGAUGCCCUAAAAAUCAAAUCCAAAAUCAUAGAUGACCAGACAGAGACCAUCCGCAAACUCAAAGAGGCCCUACAGGAGCGUGAUGAUCAGAUCCGUAGGCUGCGUGAGGAGGCAGUGAAGGCCCAGAAGAGGUUCCAGCAGCAGCUGGAGGAGGAAACCGCUCGGCAGGCUGAGCUGAGGGAGCGGGUGGAGCAUCUGAGCCUACGCAAAGAGGAGUUAAAACAGCAGCUGGAGGAUAAAGAGGAAGAGUUAGCGGAGGUCAAAACUGUUUACAGUGAUUCCAGUAAGAAGUGGCAGGAAAAGGCGGGGCUGCUCACUCGGCUGGAGAGCCAGGUGAAGCGCAUGAAGGAGAACUUUGAUUCCAAGGAACAAUUGCUCCUGGAGGAGAGAGAUAAAGCAACAGAAGCACAAAAAAUUGCAUCGGAGAAGUUACGAUGUGUUGAUGAUGCAUUUCGAAGACAACUGGAAUCAAUCCAAGCUGCUCAUCAAGCCGAGCUGCUACGACUGGCGAACGAAAAGCAGAAACAGAUUGAGCACGCCAAUCAGAAGGUUUUUGAAGUGGAGAGGGAAAUGCGUCAGCUACUGGAGGAGACAGAAAUUAACAAGAGGAUUAUGGAAGAGAAAAUGAAACGUCUUACAAGUGUACUAAAAGACUUCUAACACGAGAUAUGUUUCUUCAAGGAGCUACGGCAAAGUAAAGAUAUGAGCAACCCAUAAUGGUUGUACAAAGUAUUUUUUGUUAAUUAUAUUUAUUUUAUUAUAUCAUGAUUUUUCUAAUAAAUUCUUUGAAGAGUA